AGUCACCACAUCGACUUCAUUUCCGUUUCCGGUCUGUAAUGGACUGACAACAUUACCAGUAUGAAAUAUUUUGUGAAAGAAAUGUUAACGUUAUAUUUACGUGAAAUUAACUGACGUGAAAUAUGUGGUUCAGCUCAGUUAAACCAGUUGAUUUAUGAAAAAUUCACAAGACUGCAGAUAAAUUGUUUAAAAGUAUUUUAAGUAACAUUUAUGUCCGAUUACUAUUCAUCUUCCAAAGUUCCUUUAUAACGUAGUGCAAGUCGUCAGUAAAUCAUAAAAAAGGAACUUUGCUAUCGUACAAGAUAUGGCAGACUAUGGAGGGAACAUACUACCAAAGCAUGCUAUUUACAGAGGACCGUCAUCAGCGGCAGCAGUGUAUAUUGGAUUGUUAAUUUUAGCCAAGUUCCUGAGAGGUGUGGGAUUAUUCCUGGCUUAUGAUCUAUUAAAACUCAUCCCUGUUGUGCUCUUCCUGUUUGUUGUCAAAGCAGGAGCUACUAUACCACUUGUCUUGCUACAAAAGCCGUUUUCAUCAGGGAAACCAAUCACAAAAAAUCAGUGGUUCCGUAUAACUCGCCAUGCAUUUGUUGGGUGUAUACUCGGAGUGUUGUGGAUGUUUGGCCUGUCUUUGUGUGGACCUCUACGUACAAUAUUGCUAUAUGAACACAGCGAUAUCAUUGUUAUAGCAUGGGGAAGUACACUGUUUACAAACUCUGGUGCCAGUCCAGCAAAGAUACGUGGAGCAGUAUGCUUCUUGGUUGCUGUGAUUACGCUGCUUCUGUUUGACCAUGAUGAAAAAUUAGACCACCUGUCUGACCAUGAUUCUGAUCACAGGCAUCGUAAUAUACUAACCCACAUGUUUUACCAUGUUAUCAAUGUAGUGGGUUGGUCUGACCAUAAGGGUGGAGUUGUUCUGCUGUUCCUUACCCUGUGUCUCAAUGUUGGAUACAACAGUGCCGCUAAAAAGUUAUCAGUAGAUGUAGGUGGUGCAAAACGACUACAUGCCCUCUCAUCACUGGUACAAGCCAUGAUUCUAGGGCCAUGGGCGUAUAUUGUAUCCUCAACAUCAGAUUCACAGGUGUCAUGGAUUUCGCUGAUUUUCCCGCUGACAUUGAUUAUAUUGUUUGUGUUCAUCUUUGACUACUACAUAGAGGCUGUAGCCCUGAAUCACAUACAGCCAACAAAGACAGCUGAGUAUGGAGCCUACGCCAUGUUUGGUGGUGCCCUGCUUCUAGCACUUACCUGGAACCAUCCUUACACAGCAAAAAUGACUAGUAUGAACAAACUACAGGAGAUAAUCACUGAGGACCAUGUGCUAUCAGCUGGGGUUGUCUUCAGUCUCGGAGCCUUUGUACUAGCUACAAAGAUAUUGCUGGGUCCAGUGCGCAGCGGUAAAGGAAGUUUUGUAGGAUACAGUAUGGAUGGUAUGCCAGUGUACAGUUUUACAAAAGAGGCAUUACAGCAUACGUCACAAUCCCUUGUCAUGCACAUGAAACAUGCCCUCAAACAAGUACUUGAAGACACCGACUCAAGAAAAAUAUUCUACUUCCUAUGUAUAAAUCUGACGUUCACAUUUGUGGAGAUGAUAUAUGGUGUAUGGACAAACAGUCUAGGUUUGAUCUCAGAUGGCUUUCAUAUGUUGUUUGACUGUUCUGCUCUAGUCAUGGGUCUUUAUGCAGCUGUAAUGACACGUUGGAAGGCGACAAGAAUAUUUUCAUAUGGGUUUGAUCGAGUAGAAGUGUUGUCUGGAUUUGUAAAUGGUUUAUUCUUGGUUGUGAUAGCUAUAUUUGUGUUCUCUGAAUCCCUCCAUAGACUUGCUGAGCCCCCAGAAAUAGAUACGAAUAGACUGCUGGCAGUUUCUGUGAUAGGACUUCUGGUCAAUAUGAUAGGAAUAUUUGCUUUCCGUGGUAGUCACGGACACAGCCAUGGUGGUCAUGGUCAUUCUCACGGAGGUCAAGGACAUUCCCAUGGAGGUCAUGGUCAUUCUCAUGGGGGUCAAAGCCCCUCAAGUUCACAUCAUCAGUCACAUAAUACAAAUAUGGAAGGAGUAUUUUUACACGUGUUGGCAGAUACCCUUGGCAGUGUCGGUGUUAUAAUAUCAUCAUUACUGAUUGAAAAUUUCGGCUGGAAUAUAGCCGAUCCAAUAUGUUCACUAUUUAUAGCUACAAUGAUACUGCUCAGUGUAUUUCCACUGUUAAAAGAGACUUCGUGUAUAUUAUUGUUGAGAUGUCCGGCAGAUAUGGAGAAGGACAUAUCAGAAGCUUUAAGUAAGGUAUUGAAUCUCGAAGGGAUCGUGUCAUACAGAGACCCCCACUUUUGGUACCAUACCUCUGGAAAAGUGUUUGGAACUUUACACAUACAUAUAUCUCAUGACGGUGUGGAACAAAAACUUAUUUCACAGGUUAGUGCAAUAUUAAAAGAUAGUGGUUUACAUUCAGUGACCGUCCAGGUUGAGAAAGACGAUUAUUUCCAGCAUUUAUCAGGACUUGGGGCCAACUUAGAUCAAAGCUUUACAGAUUUUCCGCUUUUAAGUUUUGACAAAAGUAACAGUGUGAAAGCUGUAUAGAUUAUAUAUUUAUUCAAAGACUACAUUUGAGGCAGUAACCAGUGUGUUUUGAGAAUUACUGACAGAUCUGAGAGAGGAGAAUUCAGCUGGGCAAGGGAACUUACACAAAAACAUAAGUUUAAUUAUAAAACUGACAAGUCAUAAGAAUUAAAUGUGUAACCAUGUUAUGCAGAGUUCAAAACAAGUACUAGUCUAUAUUGACGACCAAAGUUUAGUGGCAAAUAUAAAGUUUACAAAGUAGCAAUCCUGGACCUGUAUUCAUCAACAUUUAGAGUCCGAAAUCGAAAUGCUGUAUUGUCUGUUUGCUGUACUUUGAUAAGUAACAGACUAAAAGAAAGUUAGCUUGAAUAUAACUAUUACAACUUUACAAAAGUCUGCACAAUUUCAGCAGUAAUGAUUGAUCACAGACUUGGUAAUGUCAAAUUUGAUGCUUGGCAUAUCUAAGUCUGAAUUUUAGAUUUAGAACAUUGAUGUAUGUAACCGAGUAGAAUAUUGGACUGAGUUGCACAAAACUUCACCCAUACAAUUGGUUAAAAGCUUCAAAUGCUUUCUCAUCAGUAUACAAAUGUAUAUUGUACAGAUGAGUAACAAAGUUACCGUGAAAUCGGCAUGAAAUGGAUGAAAUUCAUGGUUUUCCAAGUGUAAGGAGAAAAUGUAAAGGGCCUUUCUUUAUUUGCUGAAAUUUAAUUUGAAAGACUGAAACAGCUGUGAAAUGAGCUGCACCAUGAGAAAACCAACAUAAUGUGUUUGCGACCAGACCAGCCUGCACAUCCACCCAGUCUGGUCAGGAUCCAUGCUGUUCGCUUUCAAAGCCUAUUGCAAUUAGAGAAACCAUUAGCAAACAGCAUGGAUCCUGACCAGACUGCGCGGAUGCGCGGGCUGUUCUGGAUCCAUGCUGGUCGCAAACGCACUAUGUUGGUUUUCUUAUGGUGCGGCUCAAUUAUCUAUUUCAAAGUACCCAUUGCACAACUUACCCAAUGUAUAAAGUUUUGAGCGUUUGUUACAUUUCCAGCAUUUUAUUAUUUAGAAUGAACAAAAAAGAUACUGUGAAAUCAUUUAAUUUCGUGGGCAUGAAAUUUCGUGGUUUUGGUCAAAACGGCUAUUUCGUGGGGAUAUAAAUUUGUUGAUUUCAACUUUUGAACAUAAAAUUAAUGGGAAUUUUACUUGUUCGUUGGGAUUAAAUUUCAUGGAUUCUCAACCAUGAAAUCCACGAAAAUUAGUCCCCCACGAAUAUUGAUGAUUUCACAGUAUUGCUUUACAGCAGGAAUUCAUUUCAUAGUAUGUUUGUUUUGCUUUAAUAUUUCAUUGGACUAUAUAACAUUACAGCGCUACAUAUAUUCAUUGUGAGCUGAUGUGCUUGUUACCAAAACAGUUAACUCACCAUUUUAAUAUUUGCAUAAUUCUCCCAAAACUGUCAGACUUUAUUUUAAUGUAAAGAAUAGGUGUCCGCUUUAACCAUUCAGUUGGACUGGUAGAUGUCACAUUAUUCUGUUUUACUUUUGCACUUCUGAAUGUAAAUGCUUACUGCCCUAUCAUGUUACUUUAGUGGUGCUGGUGUUCACAGGCUAGUUUAUAUGAUAAUUAUACAUAUUGUUGUAAUAUAUGCAACUGAAAUGCUAAUAACCUGAUUAGCUUGCUCAUUCUGGUUUAUCACUUUCAUUACCUCUCAUGAACAGACUCAGUCAAACCGAGUCUGCUAUUAUUCUUCUUGGUUGCAUUCUUUGCUUCCAAAGGAUAUUUUUACAUAUUUUAUUACCAUGCUAAAUUUCUAAAAUGAACGUCCAUUUUUUCAAUUCGGACAGUGCCAUUAACUGUUAAAAGGGGUGCUUACCAAAAAGAUACUUACUGAAUGGCGAACAAUGCAGAUCAUGAUCAGACUGCACGGAUGUACAGGCUGAUCAUGAUCUACACUGGUUGCAAGGGCAGCAGUGGUGUCCAGCAUGAUAAGGAGUUACAGUAAAUUUAAUGAGUAGUCUUUAAACGUCCAUGGUCAACAUAUCACUGUUAUAUUUUUGAAAAGUUGUGGCCUUUUUUUACUGAUAUCUGUUGCAGUUUUAGGAAGCCCUGUGAGUAGGCUGUGUUGCUGAAAACUUGAUGAAAGUUCCAUACUAGAAAGAAGUCCUUUGAAAAUCCUGGUCUUUUUUUGACCUCUUCUUGAAAACCAAAUUAGAUAUACAAAAAAACUGUUAAAAUAUUUCAUUUAUUAGCUCAUCUGAUUUUUUGAAAAAAAAUGAUGAGUUAUUGUCAUCACUUGAGCGGUUGUCGGCGUUGGCGUUGCCUGGUUAAGUUUUAUGUUUAGGUCAGCUUUUCUCCUAAACUAUCAAAGCUAUUGCUUUGAAACUUUAAAUACUUGUUCACCAUCAUAAGCUGACCCUGUAUAGCAAGAAACAUAACUCCAUCUUGCUUUUUGCAAGAUUUAUGGCCCCUUUUGUACUUAGAAAAUAUCAGAUUUCUUGGUUAAGUUUUAUGUUUAGGUCAAUUUUUCUCCCAAACUAUCAAAGCUAUUGCUUUGAAACUUGGAAUACUUGUUCACCAUCAUAAGCAGACCCUGUACAUCAAGAAACAUAACUCCAUCUUGC